CACCAAACUCUGAUCUUUUGGACUCCAAGAAGAAAGCCUCAGAGCUCCAUUAAUGGAGGUUCUUAUGACUCCGGCGGGAACGCUGCACCAAUCUCCCUCCAGACUGCAUUUCCUCAAGCCUUGUCACAAUUUCGUCAACUCCACCUUCAAAUUCAAGCCUCAACACCUCUACACAUCCCGCAACCGCUCCAGAACCCAACUCCCUCCUCCGUUAACCUUAAUAAACUGCAAGCUGAAAUCCUCUGGAGAAGUCAUGAAGCAGAACGCUUCUAAGAAGAUUGAGCUGUGGAAUUCCGCUCCGCCGCUGUCCGAGGAGGCGGAGAAGAACGGCGGCAGCGGGAAGGAGGAGGAUCCCGUCAAGGCUGGGAGUGGAAGUAGUGCGGUGUCGCGGUCGGUGAAGAAGUUGUCGAGGAAGGUUUUGUCUCUGCUGUCUAAUUUGCCUCUGGCCAUCGGAGAAAUGUUCGUGAUUGCUGCGCUUAUGGCUCUUGGUACAGUGAUUGAUCAAGGUGAGACACCGGAGUACUAUUUCCAGAACUACCCGGAAGAGAGUCCUUCAUAUGGGUUCAUUACGUGGAGAUGGGUUCUCGCCCUUGGUUUUGAUCACAUGUUCUCGUCUCCUGUUUUCCUGGCAACUUUGGCGCUUCUCGGGCUUCUCUAA